AUGGGACUGUGGAAAGGUGUAAGGCCAGCUGCAAAGGGUUGGCAAUUACACCAAUUGGAUGUAAACAAUGCAUUCCUCCAUGGCGAUCUACAUGAGGAGGGGUCAGGUAACAGUUUUGUGGCAUUAUUGGUAUAUGUUGAUGAUGUCAUACUGGCAAGUAGUGACAGAGAUCAAAUUCAACAGAUAAAAGAUCAUCUCCAUUCUACUUUUCAGAUCAAAGAUCUAGGCAAUCUAAGGUUCUUCCUUGGACUUGAAGUUGCUAGAACUCAGAAAGGGAUUGCUGUUAAUCAAAGAAAGUAUGCCCUGGACCUCCUUAAAGAAACAGGCUUUCUGAGUAGUAAACCUGUGAGAACCCCUAUGAUACAAACAUCAAAGUUGAGCCAAGACACUGGGACACCAUUAGAAGAGAAUUCUCAGUAUAGAAGGUUGAUUGGGAAAUUAUUAUAUAUGACCAUAACAAGACCAGAUAUAUGCUUUGCAAUUCAACAACUAUCCCAAUUCCUAGACAAGCCUACUACUGAUCAUCUCCAAGCAGCUCACAGAAUUUUGAGAUAUGUGAAAAACUCCCCAAGCAAAGGCAUAUUUUUUCCAGCAAACUCAAGUCUCAAAUUGAGAGGGUUUGCAGACUCAGACUGGGCUGCCUGCAUUGAUACUAGAAGAUCAGUAACAGGGUUUUGUAUGUUCCUAGGAGAGGCUUUGAUCUCCUGGAAAUCCAAGAAACAAGGAACAAUAUCCAGAUCAUCUUCAGAAGCAGAAUACAAGGCCAUGGCUCUUGCUGCCUGUGAGAUCCAAUGGUUGAUCUAUCUUCUUGAAACAUUGGAAGUAAAAAUGGAGGGGCUUGCUGUGUUAUAUUCUGACAGUAAAUCAGCAAUAGCAAUUGCUGAAAACCCUGUGUUUCACGAACGAACAAAGCAUAUAGAGAUUGAUUGUCAUCUUAUAAGGGAGAAACUAUAA